CGCCAAGAUACCACCCUCUCUUUGCCUUUCCCUUCUCACCUCCCGUCGAGGUGCCUUGCUUGCUUCGCCCGAUCUCCUUGCCUUUCACAGGCACUUGGCCUCCCCUCAGCGCACAAGAACACACGGCACAUGGCCCCCUCCGGGAGACUCCCGCCUGGGAGCCAGGCGGCCUUGACGGCCCAGCAGCCGGCGUCAGCGCUGGUGCCCCUGGUGCCGUAUGCGCCGGAGCCUGGCCGUGCGCUCGGCCCGGGCCCGGGCCCGAGCCAGAGCUCAUCGGCCAGUACCCCGGGGUUUCUCUUGCCGGAGUCCGCCGCGGCACAGCUGCCAGCUGGGAUCCUGGAAGCGCGGUUGAUGGCGCCACGGUCCGACACCCCGUCGCCCGAAGAUCGCCCCGCCGUGUGGACCAACUUCCUGCAGGGGCGUCUGGCCGCCGAGCUGCCCCACCUGUCGGAGGCACAUUACACGGUGGUCCUGCCGGUCGAAGGCGCUGCCCACCCGCCGGUCCCCGGGCACACGUGUCACCUGUGGUACCUGCACUAUGCCGACUCGCUGGAUGAUUUGUGGACCACGGUGCGCCUGCUGCGAGACCUGUCUCGGGAGCACGAUGUGGCCAUCAGCGUCCGCGACACCGAUGGGGACUUCCUCCUGAUCGAAGCGGCGUCCCUCCUCCCGGCGUGGCUGGACUCCGAAAACAGCACCAAUCGCACCUUCCUGUAUGGCGGGCGCGUGCGCGUUCUGGCCGACAUGCGCCAUCUGUCGGCCGGUCUGGCCCCGGGGUUUGCCCUGUCCUGCCUGCGAUCUUCCCCCCCACGAGCCGGCUGGCCCGCCGAGACGGCUGCAUACUUGGACGCGCUGUUGGAUGGCCCGCAGGCGGCCGCGGCGAUUCCCCACUCGGCAGCCAUGUGGCUUCCGGCAGGGGUUCUCCGGUGUCUGGAGCGUGCGGGCCCGGCAUCGGCCCCGGCGCUGGUCCACUCGGCAGCCUGGGCAUUCGCACUUCUGAGUCAAUUGGCCGCCGGGCCGGGGCCGGGCAUGGGGGCCCUGGCGGCGGCCCUGGCCUCCCCCGGGCCGGUGCUCCUGCCGCCCGGGCCGAAUGCGGACUUCCCCUGGACACAUGGCAUCCUGCCGGUCAGCCGGCCGGCCUUCGCGCGGUUGGUAUUCAUGCCCUCGUCGGUGGGUUUGCCCUUGGGCCUGGUGCCGAGUGAGGCGCAUGGGCUGCUGGCACGAGCUGGGGCCCUGGCCGGGCGACGGGCCUCCCCGGCCGCCAUGGGGUCUCGCCGGUUCCAGCUGGACCUCGAGGCGAUCGCCUGGCGGGUGGGCUAUCGCCUGGCCGCCGGCUUCCAGUUGCUGGCCUGCCUGGGCGAGCCAUGCCCGGCUUUCGCCGAGCUCCCUCGAUCGACGGAGGACUUCUGCCUGGAGGAUGUCCCCCCGGCCGGGGAUCUGGCACGCCGGGCGCGCGAUUUUGUCAGCCAGCUGGAGGGGGCCAAGUUGGAGCCCGGCUCCGACCGAUGGACCGGGCCCGCGCCAGCCGGCCCGGGGCUUGGGUUUUUCCACAGGCCAGCCAGCCUGGCGAAGGCCCUGCCGGUGGGUAGCCCCGUUGCAUCGGCCGGCCCGACGCUGGUCCCGGUGGCUGGGCGUCUGUCAGUUCGGCCGGUGGUCGACCCGGCGGCCGGCGGCACCGGCGAUGCUGGCCUCGGGCUUCGGGGCUCCGGAUCGCUGGACUGGCUGUUCGUCAGUUCGGAGGACAUUGACCAGCAGCUGGCCUCGCUGGAUGUGGAUCUGCAGCAAUUGGCCGCCGAGGGGGACGAGUCGGCCGACGCCGGGGCGGACAGUGCCGCGGCCCUUUCGCCCUCCAUCGACCCGGGGACCAAUGCCGACGCCGAUGACGAAAGCACCGAUGGCGAGGGGUCCGAUGUGGAGGAGUCCCACGCCGAGACGGCCGAGCUGGCACAGCUCCAGGACUUGGCCCAGCGCAUGCGGCAAUUUCUCCACCAUGAAAGUGGCUUCGAAGGGGCACAGGCGCCGGCCGGCGUCUCCUUGGGAUCCGCGGGCUCCGGCGGCCCGGAGAUGUCCGACGCCUCAAGCGCCUCGGAGGCCUCCGAUGCCCCGUGGGAGGGCCUGGGCGCCGGAGCGCGCCUGCGCCAGCGUUUUGACGCCCUGGCCUUGGGGCAUUACCUGCGGUCUUCCUCCUGCGCCUCCUCCACCUCCUCCUGCGCCUCCUCCGAGGAUGAGGGCCGGCGGCAGGCGCUGCCCGCUCCGGCGGCUGACGCGCGGGCGGCCUUCCUGCGCAUGGCCGGCCCAUCGGCCCCUGCGCCAUCGCCCCCCUCGGCUCCGGCCCACUCGCCAAGCGACGACUCGGAGGACAGCGGCCAGGAUGACUACCUCUCGCCGGAGAAUGCCGAUCUGGUUCGGGCGCUGAUGCAACAAAUUGCGACCGAGCUCGGCACGCAUGAGAAGGCCGCCCGAUUGACGGAGGACCUGUCCGUCGGAGCGGCCAGCCCGGCCGGCGACGCGGAUCUCGAUCUCAACCUGGUGACCAACCUGCUGCAGUCCCUCGAGGCGGCCGGGGAUCUGGGCGCCGGGGCGGGCGCGGGUGGCCCGGCCGGGGCCCUGCUCGCCUCGCUUGGGGUCCGGCGGCCGCGCAUGGCUGCGGCGGUGGAAUCUUCGGAGGAGGAAUAGACCCACGUCACGUGACGCAUAUCCUGUCAGA